CGGCAGUCUGCGUUCGUCCGCGCCCUGAGUGCUGUGCCCAUUGCGCACAUACACACACACACACACACGAGUCUGCACUUUCACUCGCCGCGACCUCACCCACCGCGCGUGGGAACAAUCGUUUGGCAAACUCGCAAACGCACGCGACCGCUCAUUUGCAUUUCGGACGCACGACCGGACGCACGCGGACCCACCCCCGCUGGGGUAAUUUCGGCUCUCUUCCGCGGGGCGACACGAUGCGAGAGGGAUCUUUGCUCAGCACACGCCGUGCCCUAGAAAACUCGCUCGCUGUGCAGUGCCAUUCGGCGUGAUUAGAGUUUGUUUUAUUGGAGCAGUUAGAAAGCAACGGCCGAUCGGCGUGCACCGCGCGCCCGCGAGAUCACGGAUGAAACGGCGUUCCCAGUGCUUUUUGCUGUGAUUUCGGUGGAGCGAUAUGCUCAAGUGGGUGCAAUUGCUGAAUCAGCACCAGCAGCAGCAACAGCCGCAGCCGCAGCAGCCGGACAAUGCCAAGCAGGCCAAGAUCUCGGGCUCUGAUCCUCGCAUCGCAACAUGCAGAGGAAAGCUCCAGAACAAGCGCUCCAAGCUGAACCAGGAGAUCAACAAGGAGCUUCGACUUCGGGCUGGUGCCGAGAACCUCUACAAAGCGACGACGAACAAGAAGCUGAGGGAAACCGUGGCGCUGGAGCUCAGCUUUGUCAACUCGAACCUGCAACUGUUGAAAGAACAAUUGGCCGAAUUAAACAGUUCCGUCGAGGUGUAUCAAAAGGACAGCACGGAGCCUGCGAUGCCGAUGAUUCCGCUCGGUCUGAAGGAGACGAAGGAGAUUGACUUCAGGGACCCCUUCAAGGAUUUUAUACUGGAGCACUACAGCGAAGACAGCUCAUUAUACGACGACGCGAUCACCGAGUUCAUGGACAUCAGACAGGCCAUGAGAACGCCACUGCGAGACAAUUCGGGAGUGUCCCUGCUUUUCGACUACUACAACCAGCUUUAUUUUGUGGAAAGGAGAUUUUUCCCACCAGAUCGCAGUCUUGGCAUCUACUUCGAAUGGUACGACUCACUAACCGGAGUUCCAAGCUGCCAAAGGACGGUUGCUUUUGAGAAGGCCUGCGUGCUGUUCAACAUCGGUGCGGUGUACACGCAAAUCGGCACGCGGCAGGACAGAAAGAGCAGCAGGGGUCUCGACAGCGCCGUUGACGCCUUCCUCAGGGCUGCCGGCACUUUCCAGUACAUUCACGAAAGCUUCACCAACGCGCCGAGCAUGGACCUCAGCCCGGAUAUGCUCGACAUGCUUGUGCAGUUGAUGCUGGCUCAAGCCAGAGAAUGCCUGUUCGAAAAGCUGGAGCUGCAAAGCCAGGACCUUCGAGACGUGGACGUUUGUCUCGAUUUGGGCCAAGAAGCUGCUCAGGUGGCAGACGCUUACAGCAAGGUUUUCGCCCUGAUUUCGGUUCCAAGUGUCAAAGACUACGUGGCGCAGUCUUGGGUGUCCCUGGCCAUGGUCAAGCAAGAGCACUACAGGGCCCUCUCGCACUACCACGUGGCGUGCGGUUUGCUCAGUCUACUCAAGAAACAGAGCAGUCCGAAGAAGCAUCCAGCGCCGAAGCCUCCGACCCCGAAGAAAAUCUCGGUGGACGCCAACGACAACAACAACGGCUCCCUCAGCCUGCCCAACAGGACCAGGGACACUCUGCAGUAUAUCCACGCACCGAAUGUAGAGGACGACGCCAAACUGCAGAUUGAAAUUAGGGUACCCAAGGAUGAGGCUGAAUGUAGAUUAUUAGGACGUGCUCACUUGAGAGAGGCUGUGUUGAGGCAUGACGAGAGCCAGCGCCUGUUUCGCAUGUGUCGCGAAUUGCGAGGCAAAGACUCGUUGAUUUCCGAGCUCAGGAGAGCCCACCGACGUGCCAGUGAGUUGUACAAGAGCCUCGAGGAAGACGACGACUUCAGAGACAUGCUCGACCCUCCCUUGAUUGUCGCCUCAACGAAAUUCCAGUUAAGUCUGACCCCGCCCGACUUUGCGCAGUUCCGAGUGCAGGACUUGUUCAAGUCGCUGGGACCCGUGGCGAUCUUCUCAGCCAAACACCAUUGGACAGCUCCGAGGACCAUCCAGCUGGUGCUGCAACCUGGCGAGAAGGGCGACGGAUUCGGCUUCAUGGUGCGCGGAGACGCGCCCGUGGUCGUUGCCGGGGUUGAUGGAGGCAGCCUGGCGGAGGCCGCCGGAAUGAAGCAAGGGGACUUUAUUGCUGCCAUCGGCGACGAAGACGUGAAAUGGGCGGUGCACGAGCACGUCGUGCAGAAAAUCAAAGAGGCCAAGAAGAACGGCAGCUCGCUGUGCCUGAAACUUGUCACACCGAUGGACAGAAAUUACCUCAAACCGCGAACGAGCGUAACGAGCAACAAGGGAUCAUUUUCGCCGACCUCGACGACGUCCAGCAGCUCCAGCGGCGUCUCCUCUGGCAGUCACAGUCCGCAGGGCAGCGUGACCAGCAGCAGGUUGGCCAAGCAGACGAGCCACCAGAAGAAACUGACGUGGAAUCCGUUCAGAAACAAAGCCAAAGGCGACGAGCCCAACGGCUACGAAGGCAACGUGAUUCUGCGAUAACAAUAAAUAAUAUCAAUGCUCAUUGUCAGUCAGUCAGUACACACUUUGUACGGUUUUUCUUUUUGUCUUUGGUGGGAUAUCCUUGCAUCGGAUUUUGUAUCGUCGCCAUGCAGUUACCUGUCCUUGAUUUUAUAUAUAUAAAUCUCUGUUAAAUUAAAUUAAAAAUUCCUUCACAACAUUUAUGUAUUUUCGCAAAGGGGAUGGUCAACAGGCAGCGCAGGAGCCGCCGACUUCUGGGGUCUCUGGACCGUCCUCUGCCUCGGAGGGGGCACUUUUUCUCGCUAAAAAGUGCUUCGCUCCGACUCAUCGUAGUUGCAUCGUGUGCUUUGAGGCUCUUGGCGAUUAUUUGGCCUUUAAAAGACAAAUUGCUGCCAAGUGCCUGCAAAUGGUGGCCAUGAACGCCUAAUUCGUAUUGCUUAGGAUUUGUAAUAUUUACUAAAUGUGCCACAUAUCGCGUAGAUUUGUCUGCUCUGUGCUAUGUAAAUUGUGUCGAUUUGACCAAUAGAGAUGAUGUAUUUGUGUAUAGAAAUUGGAGCAGCGAGAAUUGUACAUUUGAAUAUUAUUCUUGUCAAUAAACCGAAAUAUACAUACAGUAAA